AUGGGGUUUGCUCCAUUUUCACAAGCCUCCAAUGUCUUGGCUACGGAAAAUCUUCCCACGCCGGCGGCGAACGCCAACAUCCAAGAAGAGCCGGAGGCGGUGAAGCCGAAAGCCAAGGGCACCCGCGCUGCAUAUUCUAGCGAGGAGUCCGAGCUCGUGGCAAUCUUGUGGGCGGAGGCAACCCACUAUCCUAUUUUGGGGACCUCCCAAAAGUUGCUCCAAUAUUGGAGAGCAAUCGCGGAGAAGUUCAACGCGCUCAAUGAGUCGGGAGCACCGCCGCGAAAGCCGGAUCAUCUCAAGUCCCACUUCGCCCGUGUCCAAAAGGAGACGAAAUUCUUCGAGGGCUUCUACAACACUUGCAAGGAGAAUUGGGGGAGUGGUAUGAGCGACGAUCAAAUCUUCCAACAAGCUCAGACGAUGUUCGAAGCGAAUUUCAAGAAGCAAUUCUCCUACGUCAAAGCUUGGAAAGUGCUUCGCGAAUGCCAAAGAUUCACGUCGCAAGCCGGGGAUGUCCACUCUGCAAAAAAGUCGAAGGGCUCCGAUGGUGGAGCAACCACUACUUCUUCGGAGCCGAGUGUCACGACGAGACCACAAGGCCAAAAAGCGGCAAAGCGAGACAAGGGCAAGGCGAAGAAGGGAGAAGGGUCUUCGGGAGGAGGUUCGACGUUCUCCGACGCUCUCGAGAAGAAAUAUGAAUUUUGUGAAAAUGGAGAUCUAAAACACCCUUUAAGACACGAUGCACUGGACUACUGGAGAAUAGUGUGUCUUAAGUGGGGACCACCAUCUAAGACACCUCCUAAGACACACUCCACUGAAGAUGCUCUAGAUAUGGUCAGAAUUUUAAUUCAGAACAAAUUAUAA